AUGACCAUCAUUCACCAAGGGUUUAGCCAGCGCGCCGGAUGGGCCGGCGAUCAACCGAUCAGCUACUUGAUGCACAAGGCGCUGGCGAAUCCGGAAUUGAUUUCGUUGGCCGCGGGGUUCGUCGAUCAGGAUACCCUGCCGGUUGACCUGAUGCGACAAGCUGUCGACUCGUUGCUCAGCGAUCGCAAGCGCGGACAAGCCGCUUUGCAGUACGGCACGACCGUGGGACAUGCUCCACUUCGGGAAAUCGCUCUGAAUCGCUGGCGAGAAGCGGAUGGUGAGCCGGAGUGCGAGCGGGGAAUUGGCCUCGACCAAGUGUUGAUUACCGCCGGCAGCAACGAACUGCUGCACCUGUUGGGCGACACCUUAUGCGACCCCGGCGACAUCAUCCUGGUAGCUUCGCCCUGUUACUUCGUCUAUUUGGGACUCGCAACAAACCUCGGCAUUCGCACAAUCGGCGUGGAGGCCGACGAGCAGGGGAUGAUUCCCGAAUCCCUCGAAGACACGCUAAGACAACUAAACAACAUCGGCGAUUUGCCGCGUGUGAAAGCCAUCUAUCUGACCGACUAUUUCAACAACCCCAGCACCGAGUCGCUCGCGCUCGAGCGGCGGGGGCCAAUCGUCGAGACGGCCAAACGGUGGUCGCGUUCAUUCCCCAUCCGUGUCAUAGAAGACGCGGCUUACCGUGAACUGCGUUAUAAGGUCGACGACAUCCCCAGCCUUCGCUCGUUCGACGAAGAAGGCGAUACCGUGGUGGUGGCCCAAACCUUCUCGAAGUCGUUCUCCCCGGGCAUCCGCGUGGGGUUUGGCAUCUUACCGCCCGACCUGGUCGCCCCGUGUGGGGCUCAGAAAGGGAACAUCGACUUCGGGGCGCCCAACUUCACUCAGUGCGUGCUUGCGGAGGUGUUCAAUCUCGGUCUGUUCGAAGAACAUCUCGGCAACUUACGGCGCGGCUACGAGGCCAAACUCAACGCCAUGGUCGAAGCCUGCGACGAACACCUGGCACCGCUCGACGGUGUUUCCUUCACAAGACCAGGCGGUGGGCUUUAUGUCUGGCUCACGCUGCCGCAUGAAGUGAACACCAGCGCUGCUUCACCGCUGUUCGAACGGGCUAUGGAUGAGGGGAUGAUCUACGUACCGGGUGAGUACUGUUACGCGGUCGAAGGGGCCCCCAUCGCUCACAAUCAGAUUCGACUCAGCUUUGGCGUGCAGUCUCAAAAACGGAUUCGGGAAGGCAUUGCCGCCUUGGCCCGUGCGGUCGUGUUCUUCAUUUGCUUCUGUAGCCUCACCGGGCUGUACAUCAUCUUCGAUGCCUUUGCCAAUCUCGAUGAGUUCAUGCAGCAUGCCGGCGACAACGGCAACCUGCUGGGCAUCAUGGGUGAGUACUACGCCUAUCGCUCGAUCUACUUCUUCGAUAAGACCAGCGGCCUGCUAGCGUUGGUCUCGGCGAUGUUCACGGUCACCUGGAUUCGCCGCCACAACGAACUCACUGCACUGAUGGCCGCCGGCGUAUCGCGCGGCCGCGUAGUGGUGCCGGUCAUACUUGCCGCCAUCUGCAUCAGCUUAUUCGCUGCGGGGAUGCGUGAAACCGUGCUACCUCGGAUCCAGCACGAGUUGAGUCGCGACCCGAAGAACCUCUCGGGCGAGAAGGGCCAGGUGUUUCGGGCCCGCUACGACAAUGAAACGGUGAUCUUGAUUGGCGGAAAGGCGUCCUAUCGCAGCGACAAGCGGAUCGAGUCUCCACAGUUCAACAUGCCGCCCGCGCUGGCCACCUAUGGCAAUCAGAUUGUGGCCACGAACGCUUACUUUCGCCCUGCCGAUCCAGCAACCGGUCGCCCUGCCGGCUAUUUAAUUCAUGGUGUUGAGCGCCCCAAAGACCUUUACAGCGAACCCUCGCUGUUCUUAGAAGGCCGCCCGGUAGUGAUCACGCCGGCCGAUCAUCCCGAGUGGCUUCAGCCCGACCAAUGUUUCAUUGCCAGCAAUAUGGACUUCGAACAACUCACCGGCGGCACCGCCUGGCGACAGUUCUCCUCCACGGCCGAACUGAUGCGGGGGCUACGCAAUCCGAGCCUCGACUUUGGGGCCGACGUGCGGGUGGCCAUUCAUAGCCGCCUGGUGCAACCGCUGCUUGAUGUCACGCUACUCUUUCUCGGCCUGCCGAUGGUGCUGCGGCGAGACACGGGCAACAUGUUCUUGGCCAUGGGGCUUUGCCUGGCUGCGGUUUCUGUCUUCAUGAUGGUGGUGAUCGCUUGCCAGUACUUGGGCGCGAUCAUGUUUGUGGGCACCGCCACUGCGGCGUGGUUACCGCUGAUGAUCUUCAUCCCGAUCGUCGCCUUCUUCUCCGAUCCACUUCGCCAGUAA